UCCCCGCAGGCCGCCAUUGUUGUUUUGCACUGUUCGUGGCUGCCACAUCGCUGCAAUUAUGCCGACCGACGCUCCACGAGGGGUGGCAUCGCCGGUAAAUAGUUUGUGACCAGCGAGCAAUUUGCUUUUUUGCAAACGCCGACUUUCUGGCGUCGCAAAACCCGCUUUUCGGGAAAUCGGAUACUUUCAGAUUGCGCUGGACCAAUUGACAAAUAAUUUGUUGGUCAAAAAAGUGUGGAUAACCAGUGGUUACAGCCGGUUGGCCACCGGUCUGUGGAUUCUCCGCGUCGUUUGUGCCGGAAAAGCGCAAGGCUCCUAAAGAUCGUUUUUAACAUGGAUGAGGAGGUCAUAAACGUGGACGAUCCGCUGAUCAUCAAUGUUAACAAUCUCUAUCUUUCCCUCGCAGCCAACAAAAAGAGACGCACGGCGGCCAAUCCCUUACAUGGGAGUGCUGGCGCAGGGCAAGCCCACAUCCUGCAGAGCUGCGAGGCGGAGAGGAUGCUCAUUGCCUUGGUGCGCCGCCAGCCACCUUUGUACGACGCCCGGCAUCCCAGAUUCCAUGACAAUGUCCACCGGGAGCGAAUUUGGCUGCGGAUCGCCCGCCAUUUGGCCACCGAUCUGACCAACUGCCUGGUGGCCUGGGCGGAACUGCGCUGCCGCUACCAGCACCAUGUGCGCCGCCUGCGCGCCUUUCAGCGCAGUGCCGCUCCGGGACGUCCAGGGAGGACACUGCGCCGGCGACCUUGCAUGCGGCACGAAGAGGAGCUGCACUUUCUCUACCCGCACGUGUCCAGAUUCCCACUGAUGGGGGAGAUACCGCCGGGGGCAGAGGCUGCGGCAGCCGUUGAAACUGCGUCGGCGGCAAGUGUGGAAAGCAUUCCCGAGGUGGAGUUCGUGGAACCGCCGCCCGUCGACAUCAUCGAUGUGGAUCUCGAAGAGGAGUCGGCCUACAGCUACCGCUGCACCAGCGACCAGCGUCGCCUCAUAGAGGCUGUGCGCGCCUACCCGCAACUGUACGAUCCCCAUGCGCCGGGCUAUGAGAACACACGACAUCGCGGCCUCAUCUGGGGCGCCAUCUCCAACGAGCUGCACGACAAGGCCACCAAGCUGAUGAAUAGCUGGCUGAAGCUGCAGACGCGCUACGAAUGGGAGUUGAUCCAUCGGCCGUCUCAGAGCAACAGCAAUGGCAGCAGCAGCAGCAGCAACAGCAGCAGCAGCAGCAACAGCAGCUCGGAACUGUGCCAACUGAUGGAUUUCCUGCGGCAUCAUGUCCUGCGCCUGCGCAACACUGUGAGCAAGGCAUCCAAAUACCUGCAGACCGCCUGGCACGAGCCCAUCGAGCACUUCCGUAGCGUGAUGUCGCUGAUCAAUACGAUGCGCAACAUGCCCGAGCUCGUCCAGAUGACGGACGAAUGCCUGGCAUUCAAGGUGAAGCCGCCGCGCUACGAUGAGUUCUGGACGAAGGUCGGCUUGGAGGUGAUGUGCACCCACCAGCGCUGCGAGGUUACCUGGCUGGUGCUGCGCUCCUUCCACAACGAGCUGCAGGCCAUGCGACUGGCCGGCUACCAGCUGCAGGACAAGUGGUACUUCGAGAACGCCCUCAACAGCAUCUUCAAGCAGUUGGCCACGCGUAGCGCCCGUCGCGGCUACAAGCGGCCUCACAAUGGCGCCGUUCUGCCGCGUGUCUUGCCGCCCAUUGAACCCGCUCCCCCCGUCGCCCGUCUGCCCCUGGCCAUUGUCUACCCGCCUGCCACGAAAGUAAUCACUAGAACUAGCACUAGCACUAGCACUAGCACUAGCAAUAGCAAUAGCACUAGCAUCAGUACUAGCACUAGCUCCAGUCCCAUCAUCUCGAAUGCCAAUGCCAGGAAUAGCUGUGGCUCUGGCUCUAGCUCUGGCUCUAGCUCUGGCUCUGGCUCUGGCUCUGGCCCAACAGUCACCAUGGCGAGCAGUCCAAGCGUGGCGGUCGAGUCGUCGGUUCCCUCGUUUGUCAUACCCAAAAUCACGUCGGCCAUAAGUGUGGCAGCCGCCAGCAUGAUGCCCAUGAAGCUGCCGCCGCAGAGUGUGGGCAUGCCGGUGAAGGCACCGCCGCCUAGUACAGUGCCCAUGAAACUGCCGCCCAAUGUGCGGAUUGCACCCAAGGCUGCCGUCGCCAUGGGCGUGGGCCCCAUCCCUGCCAGCAUUCAGCUGGCCGGCUCGAACGCCAGUCCGGGUGGUGCAGUGAAUGCCCUGCCCUCGCGGCCCGGCGUCCAGGUGACGCUGAAGACCAGACAGCGUGUGCCCAAUGUCACGCAGGUGACGUCCUCGAGCACCAUAAUUCGAGCGGUGAACUUGGCCAGCCCGACACAAGCGCCAGCACAGACACAGCCAGCGGCCAGCGGAGUGCCAAUGCAGCGAUUUAGUCAACAGACGGCGCUGAGUGCCUUGCUCAGUGAUCCGCCGGUUUCAGUUGCCCCAGUGUCGCCGACUCCGCUGCCCAUACUGAAACCUGCGGCCACUUUGGUACGCAAAAUACCGGCGAACAGCGGCAUGUCAACGACGGGAACAGUAACGGCUACGGCAGGCACACCAAUGGUGAGGAUCCAUCAGGCGGGUCUGCACAGCGGAUGGGAUGCCCUGCCCAAUGGCUCACCGAUCAGCAAAUCCAUGGGCACAGCAACAUUACCGCCCGCAGCAACUGCAGCAGCAACAGCAGCAGCAGCAACCAUUACUGCUGCACCAAGAGAAGAAGCCACAAGCGGCAAAGCCACAGCUGCGACAAUUCUACAAAAAUAUCGCCCAAUUGCGCCAGCACCGCCGGGCACAAUAAGGAUAGGUAAAGCUGUUGUAGAUCCUAGAGUCACCUUUUCAGCUCCUCUGGCACCAGUGGGCAUGCCAAAAGCAACAGCAAUGGCAGGCACAGCAGGAGCAAAGUUGGCCACAAUAACAACAGCGGCAGCAUCAGCCACAUCGACCAGAACACCAAAAGCUGCAACUGUAUCGGAUGCGUCGGCAAGAGUGGCUACAGCCACGGACACAGACACAGAAGUUAUAGCCAUACCAGAAACGCCAGCAACAGUAGCCCCCUCAGCAACAGCAACAGCAAUCAUUCCCACAGCAGCAACAGCAGUUACAAAUGCAAAGACUGCAGCGGUGGCCAGGACGAAAGCAACAGCAGCAACAGCAGCAGUUGUACCGCAACCCGAUAAAGAACCAACGUCGGAGAUCAACGCCAGCGAAAUAAUAGUGCAUCUGGAGCAGAGUGCGGCCACCGGGAAUCUGCUGCACAUUUGGGGCGGCAACCUGGCCACGCGCUACAAUCUCAAUAUGGUGAGGACGGCGACGCUGAUCCGCGAGGUGAUGGCUGUGCCGCAGCUGCACAAGAAGGAUGCGCGGUUGGCCGAGAAGUGUGACGAGUUCUGGAAGGUCAUCGGCAAGAAGUUCCACAUGCCAGAGGAAGCUUUGCGGGCGUGCUGGAACUUCCUGGCGGACAACAUCAGUAUGUUCCCGCUGAUCGCGCCCAUGUCGGAACUGAUGCGUCCGUUCAAGGGCAGCGUUAAGGUGUGGGAGAAGUCGCACCGCUUGUUCAGCAAAUUCGACGAAAUUGCGCGCAAGUACCUGUGGAUGGAGCACAAGGACGUGCUGCCGGAUAUGAUCCGGCAUUUCCGGAAGCACGAGCAUCUGUACUGCGACCUGAUCAGGCCGCGCCCCGGCGAAAAGGUGACGCCACCGCGCAAGUACACGGAUCAGGAACGCCAGGAGGUGUGGCGCGUGGCACGGAUUAAGUUUCCCAAUCUCAAUCAUCGGGACAUUUGGUCCAUGUUCAAGUUCGCCUUCCGCACGUACAUGGCGGAUCUGGAGCGGGGCAUCGAAAAUCCGUGGCCACAGAACUGGUGGCAGGCGCUGGAGCAGCUAAGGUUCCUGGCCUACGUGCGCUACCAUCCGCUCGAGCCGUACUACUACAUUGUGCACAACAAGAUCUCCGAGGAGGUGAAACGUUGCAGCAUGUACGAGGCUCUGAUGGCCGCCGAUCCUGCCGACAAGAGCAAGCCCACGCCCAGUAGCCUUCUGGCGCGCCUCUCCAAGGAGUCCAUGCCCUGGGAGACGGAGGAGGCCAAGCGCUUGCUCACCGGCCAGCUGAGUCGCCCGGGCAGAUCGGAAGCCGCCUUCCAGCUGAGCACCAAUGCCCUGGCUCCAGUAGCCGCACCUCACACAGAUCCUGUGCCCUCCCCCAAAGCACCAACGGUGGAACCUACCGCUUCCGCUCCCGCUCCCGCUACCGCUAAACAGGCAACAAACGACACAGGACAGUGCGGCAACGGUGUGGCGGCUAUCGCCCCAGCAACCGGCCCAGCAACGCAGGUCCCUGAGGGGACCCGGUUCGGCACCAUGCUGCCCACCAUCGAGGCCUUCCAGCUGACCCAGGUCCUGCGCCGCCAUCCGCACACCUUCGAGCGGGCCAGCACCAUCGACAAGCGAGCCGCCUGGGUGCGCGUAUCAAAGGAGAUGAAUGCCACAGUGACCGAAUGCCGCUUGUGUCUGCAGUAUGCUCUGCGCGAGAUGCGCGUCCUGAAGAUCACGGACCCAACGCAUCGCUGCACCAUGGGGCACAAGUACUACCGCCACAUGACCGAGAUCUACAAGCAGGUGACGCCGAGGGGCCAGCUCAAGGUCCGCACGCCGCAGCAGUUGAAUCAGUCGCUGGCGGAGCCCAUACUGGAAGUUGUGCCGCAGCGAUUCGUGCCCGAGAUCAACACGGCCACCUGCAGCCCCGAACUUGUGGUAAAGAACUGGGCCCAUGCCGUCGGCAACUUGUCCCACGCUGGCCAGGAUGCACUGACCGCCAAGCUGACGCAGCUGUUCUCCAAGUACGCCAAGGAGGCCAACAUCAACUGGGUUUACCCGGCGCCGCCUUAACUCGUUGAGCCCCCGACACACGCAUCUUAAUCUAUGUAUUUACUAAAUUCCCAAUGCGCUCAAUUAUGUCAUCCAAAAGCAUCUUAUUUAUUAUUAAUUGCAUUUAUUGCAAUAAAGCCUUUUUUUUAUCACAAAACUCACAUUACGACGGGUAAACACCCAAAUAAACCUCGAGAGAACUUAAAAGUUGUUUUUACUUUUUGAAUGGAAUUUACAAGUUCCAUUAUAUCUCUGAACUGGAUACUCCGAAAUCUAAAAACCAAACAGAUUUUCUUAAAGUAAUGUAAAAUC